GUCCCCUCGUCUAAAAACAGACCAAGAGCAGCUCACAGGCCGGAACCUCUAGUUGCUCUUUGUUGCACUUUUUUCCUGGACAGCUUCCCCUCUUCCCCCAUAUCCCACCUUCACCUCACAGGUGGACAGUUUCUCUGUCAUGGAGAGCCUGGAGAAGCAACUCAUCUGCCCCAUCUGCCUGGAGAUGUUCACCAAGCCGGUGGUCAUCCUGCCAUGUCAACACAACCUGUGCCGCAAGUGUGCCAACGAUGUCUUCCAGGCCUCCAACCCCUACCUGUCUGCGAGGAGCGGCUCCACCGUGACCUCAGGGGGGCGUUUCCGCUGCCCUUCCUGCCGCCAUGAAGUGGUUCUGGACCGGCACGGGGUGUACGGCUUGCAAAGGAACCUGCUGGUGGAGAACAUCAUCGACAUGUACAAACAAGGGAACACCAGUAAACCGGUUCCAGAAGUCAAGACAGAUCAGCCUAUGUGUGAGGAACACGAGGAUGAGAAGAUAAACAUCUACUGCAUCACCUGCAGUGUCCCCACCUGCUCCCUCUGUAAGGUUUUUGGAGCUCAUAAAAACUGCAACGUGGCUCCUCUCAAUGACGUCUUCGGCCAGCAGAAGGUGGAGCUCACCGACUGUGUGUCCAUGCUGGUUGGAAACAACGAGAGAGUUCAGGCCAUCAUCAGUCAGCUGGAUGAAACCUGCAGAGCCAUUGAUGAGAACAGCCGCAGACAGAAGUCGCGGGUCUGUGAGACGUUUGAUCACCUGUUUGUUCUGCUGGAGGAGAAAAAGAGCGAGAUGACGCUGAGGAUCAAUGCUGAGCAGGAGGAGAAGCUGGACUACAUCCGAGGUCUGAGGAGGAAGUACAGCGAACACCUGGAAGGCACUGCCAAGCUGCUGGAGACCGCCAUCCAGACCAUGGAUGAGUCUGAGAUGGCCGUGUUCCUUCAGACGGCCAAACCUUUGCUGCUGAAACUGGUGGAGGGCACCAACACAUCUCACCUGGAUAAAGUUCAGCAUGGCUACGAGAACAUGGAGCACUUCAAGGCUAACUUUGAUUGUCAGAGAAAGGCUCUGGCUCAAAUCAGCUUCAGAAUUGAUGAAGACGAUGAGGAAGAUGAAGAAGAGGAGGCAGAGCUGAGAGUGACCACAGCAGGAAGUCGCAUUGAGUCACAGCUGCAUGCCACGCCAACAUCUGCGCAGUUGCCGAAUCACCAGCUCCCACCUAUCCUCCCAGCCACGCCCCCACAGAGACAUUCAGAGGCCCCGCCCAUCCCAAUUCCACAGGCAAGGAGCCCAGUGUCGUCUCCACCAAGCCAAACCCCACCUCCUUUGCCUCUACCCAGCUCCACCACACAGUCGGAGCAGCAGAGUGACUCCGAGGACAAAGAUGGACCCAAACAUGUGUUCUCCUUCAGCUGGCUCAACCAGAAGUAAACCCAAAUCCAUCCCCUUCCAGUAACUGGAUCAGUCUGGCAUGGAUUAUUUUUUGCAGGACUUGAUUAGUUUGAUUCAGCGUUUCUGUUUUUAGAAAGUGACAGAACCACUUUUUAAGCUGUUGAUAUGUGUGGAUAGAAAGGUUUUUUUGGUUAAACAGCUUCUUUGGUGACAGAUGGAGGAAGGUUUGAGAUGAAAAUAUGAGGCCGCCUUUCAAAACUUCCAGUUUUCUUUUGAAUGUCAAAUAAAUGUUUUAUUAUCAAA